GGCAGCCGUCGCAAUCUUCGGGCGACCAAUGGCAAGUCUCCGCACUCACCCCUCAUCUCCGGCUACCCUUCUCUUUCGCCGGCCCAGCUUCCGCCCCAAGUCGCGCUCCCGAAUCUCGCUCUCUCUACCCGGCGAUUGCUCCUCCCCUUCUUCCGCAUCUCCAGGACUAGUAGAUGCUGCUGGACUAAAAAGAGCAUCUCCUGGUGCACUUGGGCAGAGUGAUUUAUUAAUUGUGGGCCCUGGUGUUCUUGGCCGCAUUGUAGCUGAAAAGUGGCAAAAGGAGCACCUAGGUUGUCAGAUUUUGGGACAGACUAUGACAUUUGAUCAUCAUGAUGAAUUGAUCAAACUUGGCAUCAUUCCUUCUUUAAGAGGAUCUGAACAUAACUACAAAUUUCCUUAUGUUAUAUUCUGCGCUCCUCCAUCUCGAACAUCAGAUUACCCCGGUGAUGUCAGAUUAGCAGCAUCGAACUGGAGUGGUGAAGGUUGCUUCCUGUUGACAUCAAGUUCUGCUUUAUAUGAUUGCAACGAUAAUGGCUUUUGCAAUGAGGACUCUCCUCUUGUAGCUAUUGGUAGAAGCCCUCGGACUGAUAUCCUUCUAAGAGCAGAAAAAGAAACUCUGGAUGUUGGGGGUUGCGUUGUGAGGCUAGCAGGCCUGUACAAAGAAGAUAGAGGUGCCCACACUUACUGGUUGGAGAAAGGAAUAGUUGAUGCUCGUCCUGAUCACAUGGUGAACCUUAUUCAUUACGAGGAUGCAGCCUCCCUUGCAGUUACUAUCAUGAAAAAGAAGCUUCGAGGCCAAAUUUUUCUAGGCUGCGACAAUCAUCCCGUAUCGAGGCAAGAAAUUAUGGAUUAUGUUAACCGAAGUGGAAAAUUUAGCAAAAAGUUCGCGAAGUUUAUAGCAAGUGAAGGUCCACUGGGGAAGAGGAUGAACAACUCAAAAACACGCGCUGCACUGGGAUGGGAGCCAAAGUUCUCAAGCUUCCCAGUAUUUCUUGGGCUGAGCGUGUGAUAAUUCAACCUAGAACAAAAUAAUGUGUGUUUAAUUACCUAUCAUGAUAGGUCAGGUAACACCAAACCUGAGACGAUCGGUCAUGUUCAUUGAUCGGGGGAAAAUUUAAGUCAAAUGAAUUGGUUUGUAUUGAAUUACAAGACUGCUUUGACAGUUAUUAUAGAACUCUGGAGUGUGCGAUUAACCAA